AUGAAAAUUAUUGAAUUGCUUAAUUAUUUGAGGCGAACUCAUCUCAUAGCAAAUGAAUGGAAUGAACUACAGAAUUACAGAAAAACAAGUGUUAGUUUGCAAAUGAUGACAAUGCUUGUAUUAUACCAGUGGUUUAAAUUAUCUGAUUGGAGUAUUAUUACUCCCGGGCUAAGUACCACGCUUUUUCCCACCAAUCUAUGA